GAGCGCAGACCGGAAGGGACCGGAGGAGCCACCGAAGGAGCGGAGAGGGGCCUGUCUCGUCGCGAAGGGCCUCCGCCGCGCCGCCUUCUCCUCCUCCUCCUUCUCCCCGCUCUUCCCCCUUCCUUCCUUCCUUCCUUCUUUCCCUCCUUCCUUCCUUUGGCCUUGAAGGAGCAGACGCUUCACACUGAAGAAGUGGGUGUCCAUGAUAACAUGUCCAAUGUCUCCGUGGAUAGAAGCAUCAGACUGCAGGAGAUCAAGAAGGGGCUGCAGUUUAUACAGUCUACUUUACCCUACCCAGGGACACAAGAACAAUAUGAGGUAUUCAUACGCGAUCUUGUCAAGAACCUGUUCCACGAAGGGAACGAGGCUUACCAAGAAGGCGACUGGGAAGGGUCGCUGAGCCAUUACUCUGAAGCUUUGAACAUUGCCGAUUAUGCCAGUUCUGAAGGGAUCCACAUUUCCGAUGAAAUAUUAGAGAAGCUGCGUGUAAAUCGCAUUGCGUGUUAUUCAAAGAAGGGCCAGCAUGACAAAGUCCUAGAAGACUGUGGAGUAAUUUUAAAGCUGAAUGAAAACAAUUUCCGAGCUCUCUAUCGGAAAGCCAAAGCCUUAAAAGAACUGGGAAGGUACAAGGAAGCAUACGAUGCAGUCGCUAAAUGCUCCCUCGCGGUGCCACAGGAUGAAAGUGUAAUAAAAUUAACUCAAGAGCUUGCUCAGAAGCUUGGAUUGAAAAUAAGAAAAGCCUACGUUAGGGCAAAACCUUCCCCAAGCUCUGUUUCUGGAGAAGUAUCAAGUAAGGUUUCAAAUGCUUCUAUAGAAGAUAUUGAAUCAGAUUUUUCUGGCUGGAAGGAGAAGGGCCUUUCCUCCUCCUCCUCCUCACCCACCCCUCCGGGCUUUGUCCCUGACCUGUCUGGUGACUUGGCCCCUUUGCCAACGGCUAACUUGAUGGGCCUUCCUGUGGAGAAGACCCCGCUCUCUGCCCCUUCCUUGGCCAAUGGAGGGGCCUUUCCUCUCUCAGAAGGCUGCUUGGAUUGCGGUGAUGGCGACGACAUCCUUGGAGAUGAAAUAGAUGAGCUGCUUGACUCAGUUUCGGACCCCGGGGAAAGCGCCAUGCCCAGCCCAGCUGUCCGCGGAGCCCUCCCAGCGGCUGCCAUCGCUCCCAGCAUCCCCUUCUCGGCCCCAUUGCUGGGGUCCUUGUCUGUGGGACCGGGCUUCGUCUCCACGGGCUCUUACUCUGAGAUAUACCCCUCCCAGCCCUUGGUCUCUGCCCUGGACAACUUCUGCUCCUCUUUAAGUAGCUUCUCCAUAGGUGAUUCUAAAAGAGUAGAUAUACCCAGUUCUCUUUCGAGAGAUGUCGGCUCAGCAUUAAACAGCAGUUCUCCUCUACGGCUUCUGAAUGGUCCCCCAAGUUUGUUUAGCUCUGAGAACUAUAUUGGGAUUUCGAGUCCGCCUCGGAGUGACUUUCCCGGCGUCUUUGGCGGGGGGGCUGCCAAUGUGCCAAGCCUUUCAACAGCGACAGCAGCAGCGGCCUCCUUGGCAGUGAGGAACCCACUGGAAGGCAGCCAUGAUCUGCGCCAGGCCUGCCAGGCCUGCUUUGUCCGGAAAGAUCCCAAACUGUGGGAAUACAUUUACCAUCCCAACCUAGACCACCUGUGUAAGAAGGACAUCCUCAUUGGGAGAAUAAAGAACUCUGAAGAUAAAUCCUGGAAGAAGAUCAGGCCCAGGCCAACAAAAACGCAAUACGUGGGGCCCUAUUAUAUAUGUAAAGAUGUGGCGGCCGGUGAAGAGUGUCGCUACUCGGGUCACUGCACCUUUGCCUACUGCCAGGAAGAGAUUGACGUCUGGACCCUGGAGCGUAAGGGGGCCUUCAGCCGGGAGGCCCUCUUCGGAGGCAACGGCGAGAUACGUCUGACAGUCUCUCGGCUCCUGCAAGAGCAUCACGGCCUCUUCAUGUUCCUCUGCGAGAAAUGUUUUGAGCAUAAACCUAGAAUCAUCAGCAAACGGAAUAAGGAUAACGCUGCGACCUGUUCCCAUCCUGUUAUGCAUGAUUUCGAAGACAACAAGUGCCUUGUCCACAUUUUGCGGGAAACCACCGUGAAGUAUUCCAAGAUCCGGCCUUUCCACCUGCAGUGCCAGCUGGACCUGUGUCGGCACGAGGUGCGCUACGGCUGUUCGCGGGACGAUGAGUGCUUCUAUGCCCACAGCCUGGUGGAGCUCCAGGUGUGGAUGAUGCAGAGCAAGACAGGGAUUUCCCAUGAGGCUAUUGUUCAAGAAUCGAAAAAAUAUUGGCAGAAUAUGGAGUCUAACGCACAUGGGGCCCAGAUCCUCAGUAACCAAGUGAAGCAUGGCUCUCUAAACCUGAAAAUGAAGUUUGUGUGUGCACAGUGCUGGCGGAACGGCCAAGUUAGUGAGCCGGACAAAAACAAGAAAUAUUGUAGCGCCAAAGCAAGGCACCCGUGGACCAAGGACCGCCGGGUGAUGCUGGUCAUGUCGAACGAGCGCAAGAAGUGGAACACCAUCCGCCCGCUCCCCACCAAGAAGCAAGUGCCUUUGCAGUUUGAUUUGUGCAAUCACAUUGCGUCAGGCAAAAAAUGCCAGUACGUUGGGAACUGCUCCUUUGCCCACAGUCAUGAAGAGCGAGAGAUGUGGACUUAUAUGAAGGAGAACGGCAUUCAAGACAUGGAGCAGCUCUAUGAAAUGUGGCUGAAGAGCCAGAAGCCCGAAAAGGGCGAAGAUCCGGCUGCUCAAGCCAGCAAGGAGAAUGGGAAGCAGAUCCACAUGCCAACGGAUUAUGCCGAGGUUACAGUUGACUUUCAUUGCUGGAUGUGCGGCAAAAACUGUAACAGUGAGAAGCAAUGGCAAGGGCACAUUUCCUCGGAAAAGCAUAAAGAGAAAGUAUUCCAUACCGAAGACGACCAAAACCGUUGGCAGCAUCGCUUCCCAACGGGAUGUUUCAGCCUUUGUGAGAGGUUUGCUGUGUCGGGYGCCUGUGUGGAGGGCAGCCACUGCCGCUGGGCCCARGGUCUGGCAGAGCUCCGUGAAUGGGAGGAGCGCCGCCAGGUCCUGUGCAUGAAGCUCAGCAAAGCCCGCAAGGACCACUUGAUUGCCCCCAACGAUAACGACUUUGGAAAAUAUAGUUUUUUGUUUAAAGAUUUAAACUAACUCCUGUCGACCUAUGCCUUCGUGUUGCCAGACGGAAAAAGCAUAAAAACCAAGGAGGAGGAAAGGAAAUAAUCAUUUGUUGACAGUGAUCCGAAGGCGCGUGCGGCAGAAGCCGCAGGUUUUGGCGCCUGCUUUUUUGGGCCGGAAUUGUUCCUCCCGAUGAACCAAACCGUGUAGUAGAUGUCUAUCUAGGGGGGGAAAGGGAAGGUUGGCGGGUCUCUUGGGGCCAACAGGACGGCGGCGCGAGCCCUCCUUCAAACCCAGCCUCAAGCCUUGUGCACCUUCCAUUGGAGGGGAAAGAGUCAGAAAACAACAACAACAAUAAUAAACCUGGCCGGGCAGCCUUACGCCAAAGCAGAAGGCAAAGAAGCCUCAAGCGCUAGGCCUUUGGCUGGAGAGCAACCCUUUUAAGGUAGGCUUCAUGGCAGAGAAGCCUUGGGCUUAGAAGAAUUCAAAAAUAAAUAAAACGAAAUACAUGAUGGAGGGAAAUUUUUAAGAGGAUUUGUUUCCAAGAAAGUUUGCUCUUUAUCUCUGUGUAGGUUACUUAAUAAAUGAAAAAAAAAAAGGAUUUUUCGUAUGAAUAAAAGGAGCAGAUUUUAAGCGAAAUAACCAUUCAACAGCACUAUACGUUGAAUGGGGUAUUUUUCUCUAUUUGUAUGUUUCAAUAUAACUUACUGAAGACUUUUUAACACAAAAAGAAUCUUGGUCAAAAAAAAGACGUAUUAAUUUUUUUCUUUUUUCUUUUUUUGGAAAAAUCAAGUAGUUUAAAUUCUGUUUCUUGGUCUUUGCUGUUUCAAUGAUGAUUUUGAGCGAUUCCACUUGUAUGUCAGUAUUGUGUAUUGUAUGGACCAAUAUUGCCUGUAAUAAUAAAGAUAACUUUCCAUAAAA